CGCUCGGCGUCGUCUGCUUCUCCGAUAUAACCCGGGCCCGCGAUCCCGGGCGUUUCAUGGAGUACGCUCGCGCUUGGUACGAGUGGUGGUGCGACGUAGAGCAGCAUGGGCAGCAUCGUGUCGAGUCAGCAGCAGCAGCUGGACGUGGCCGACCCCAAGACGGGCCUGACUCCGCGCGAGAAGGGCCUAGUGCGUGACACCUGGGCACUGGUGCGCAAGGACAUCAAGGCUAACGCUAUUGCCAUCUUCCUCACGCUGUUCCAGCGGCACCCCGAGUACCAGAAGCUGUUCUCCGGGUUCGCGGAGGUCCCGCCCGAGGCGCUGUCCACCAACCCUCGGCUGGGCGCGCAUGCCAUGUCCGUGGCGUACGCCAUCACGUCGCUGGUGGACAGCCUCGACGACGCCGAGUGCCUGGUGGAGCUGGUGCGCAAGAUCGCCAUCAGCCACACCCGACGGCCGGUCACCGUCACAAACUUCGAGCACACGAUGGUCGUGAUCGUGGACACGCUGAAGGAGCGGUUAGGAGGCAAGAUGACGCCGGCCGCCGUGACCGCGUGGGAGAAGACCCUCAGGCUGGUGGUCACCGUCGUCGCAGACGUCUACAAGGACGCCCGCAAGAAAUAGGCUGCCGCUGCCUCCCUUCGGCUCGCACGUCGAGAACACACCGCGAAGAGCAUGCGACGGUCCAAUUGUGUGCACACUGCUUCGAGCGCCGGCUGCAGGCGACGGCUUCUAUACUUGGUUGCGAGGACUCUUCGUCGGUGGAGAUACGUUACGUCGUGCGCUUAUACGCUUUACGUGUUCGGGCGUGCUUUCAUCCCCGCUGGAAAUAACGCGCGCGGAUUAGUCAAAUGGUGCAGCUAGUUGUGCUCGUUCGCUGGACCAAGUGGCUUCAGGCACUUUGAUACGUUCGACUGAAAGCGAAUUCGGCAGUGGUACGCCAUUAUAUUUUUGUCCGGACUGAGAAACAGUUUCUUUUUUUUUUCGGGGUUGGGAGGCGCGUUUUGAAUACCGCCUUUGUAUGACACCUGAGGGUGAGAGAAGAAAAAAUAUGGCGGGCGCUAGUGGCACGUACAGCGUAGCGGGGCGGAGUUACCGCAACCGGUGCAUGCGCACUCGAUUCGGAACGCUGUGGCAUGGAUGGCAACGUGAAGAGAGCGGUCGCUAUGUGUUGUUAGUGUAACUUUUGUACACUGAAAGAAAAAGAGAAACAGUCAUCUAACUCUCUUCUUACAGUUCUGGCUUGCCGUGUAAAUGACUCUUUUCAAACAAGCACGUUAACUGUCUUGGUGGUCACAAGGCUACCUGAAUAGAGUAUAAUGACCCUACAUAGAGAUUUGACGUGUCUCUUUAAAAAGAGUCAUACACAUGACAAGUCAAGACUUUCCAAAAGGAGUCAAAUGAUUUUUUUCCCUCUUAGAAUGUAAGAGUGCUCGCUUUUAUCAUCACUGGUGGCAACUGCACAUUGUUGAAGUGGCUGUUUUCUGGGGAUGUCCGGCUUUAUUGGAGCUACUGAAAGAUACUGAGGCACACACAUCUUAAAUACCGUAUGCUAUGCUGCGAGCGUACAAUUAUUUCAUUCCGCUUAGCAUUUUGCUUGGUAUACGUUGCGUACGUCGCGUAAGCCAAUUGUCUCAAAGGGCGUUCAUGGCUGGUGUUCGAGAGUGUGUUUUGGAGAACUGGAAGUCCGGGUAUCGCGAUUUACAAGCGCGCAUACAAGCAACUUUCAGUGUGCAAUAUCAGCUGCAUGAAGGUUUCCAAGUCAGUGUUCUUUCGCCAUGACACCUUUACUUUUAAGAAAGAGAAUCCAUGCCAAA